UGGUGAAAAAGAGAAAAUAACAACACCAAAAUGACAACGAUGAUGAGUGAUAUGAUGAUCGCGAAUAAAUAUCGCAUUAUACGAAAAAUCGGAAGUGGCUCGUUUGGUGAUAUAUUUUUAGGAAUUAACAUCACAAAUGGCGAAGAAGUCGCAUUGAAAGUUGAAAAUGUAAUGGCUCGCCAUCCUCAACUUCUUUAUGAGUACAAAUUGUACAAAGUGCUGCAUGGAGGCGUCGGAAUUCCACACAUAAGAUGCUUUACGCAAGAAAGAACCUACAAUAUUCUCGUAAUGGAUCUCCUUGGUCCAUCACUAGAAGAUUUAUUUAAUUUCUGUAGUCGUCAUUUCACAAUCAAAACCGUUCUUAUGCUUGUCGAUCAAAUGAUUGGUCGUCUAGAAUAUCUUCAUGUAAAAAACUUUAUUCAUCGUGAUAUAAAGCCUGAUAACUUCCUCAUGGGUAUUGGACGUCAUUGCAACAAGCUCUUUAUGAUCGAUUUCGGAUUAGCCAAGAAAUAUCGCGAUUUUCGUUCUCGUGUUCACAUCACUUAUCGUGAAGACAAGAACCUCACUGGAACCGCCCGCUAUGCAUCAAUUAACGCUCAUUUGGGCAUAGAACAGUCGCGUCGUGACGACAUGGAAUCCUUAGGCUACGUGAUGAUGUAUUUCAAUCGAGGUUCACUUCCUUGGCAAGGCUUGAAAGCCACCAACAAAAAGCAGAAAUAUGAGAAAAUAUCAGAAAAGAAAAUGUCAACGCCUAUCGAAGUUCUCUGUAAAGGUUUUCCAGCUGAGUUCGCAAUGUAUCUCAAUUAUUGUCGAAGUUUGCGCUUUGAGGAAAGUCCCGAUUACAUGUAUCUGCGGCAAUUAUUUAGGUGAGUCAUCAAACUUUUUCUUUUUCAUUUGUUCUGUUCUCGUUUUUCUGUUUGGCUCCGCGUUGUUUGGUAAUCUUUCUCACCGUUUCAUGUUUGUGGGAAUAUUUUUUGUGUUCUCUCUUUCUCGAAAAGCGAUUCUUGAUCGCACUUGAAAAGUCUUAUAAAAAAGAUGAGGUAUUGAAAAAGGAACAUGAUGGUUACUGUGAAAUUAAGCGCUACAAUUUGAGUGCCUUGUAAGUCG